GUAGAUAGAAGUCGCGAUCGUGUUAAAACCUUCACCACUUCGGGAUUUCGGAAUUAUCUUACCAACUUCUAGCUCGCCAUGAGUAUUACCUAGGCUAGGUUAGAAAAAUUGCACGAUCAAACCUUAAUAUUGAGGUGGAAGAUGAGGCCCAAUAGAGCUUCUAAUUUGAGCUUGGGCCUAACAUUCACUCAGUCUGGGUUGGAAGAUGAGGCCCAAUAGAGCUUAUGGUGGGUCGGACUUUCUGAGGUCAGAGUUCAACCCGACUCCAUCCUACGUGUCAUGCCACGUGUGAGGCGCUAGAACCAUCAAUGGAUAAGUCUUUGGAGGCCUUCAACUGACCGGAACAGAUAGAGAAAGAAUACACACUUCCGAACUCCCAACGAUGGCGGCACUUCUCAUUUCACUUUCUCAGAACGGUCUCUCUCUUCGGCAUCCGUCGCCGGGCCUCCUCCACCACCGCAUUCCAAUCCCGAAGCUUCGGUCUCCGGUCCGCCUCAGCUGCUCCGCUCCCGGUGAAGGUUACGGAAUCAGAGAAAAUGAGUGCCGUUUCAAGGAAUUUAGGAGUUUUGCUUGCGGAGUUCUGGCCGUUUGGGCUGUGACUGCUGCCUCCCCUGUGAUUGCUGCUGGUCAGAGAUUGCCUCCUUUGUCAACAGAACCCAAUCGUUGCGAGAAAGCAUAUGUUGGCAACACAAUUGGACAAGCUAAUGGUGUCUAUGACAAGCCAAUUGAUCUCCGAUUUUGUGACUACACAAAUGAAAAAUCUCAACUAAAAGGAAAGUCCCUUGCUGCAGCCCUUAUGUCAGCUGCUAAAUUUGAUGGUGCGGACAUGUCAGAGGUGGUGAUGUCAAAGGCUUACGCUGUUGGAGCUAGCUUCAAGGGAGUCGACUUCUCAAAUGCUGUUCUGGACAGGGUAAAUUUUGGGAAAGCGAAUCUUCAAGGGGCUGUAUUUAAGAACACUGUUCUAUCUGGGUCUACAUUUGAGGAAGCUCAACUUCAGGAUGCAGUUUUUGAGGACACUAUAAUCGGCUACAUUGAUAUCCAGAAGCUGUGUACGAAUACCACUAUAAAUGCUGAAGGAAGAGCAGAGUUGGGAUGCCGGUGAGUCAUCUCAUCAUACCUGUGUAGAUUGUAAAAUGGUGCUAUAUGAUGAUGUAAAGGAUUUCAUACCAACUGCCAAUUAACUUCUAGAGAUGCCCUUUUCCUAUUGCAAGGGUCCUGUAUCUUUCACCCACUUUAAUCGAAAGAAAUUUAAUUGGAGCGGUAUCCGUUCUUUCAUUUUUGGGUUA